AUGGCCGUGACCUUGAAGAAGGAACUUGAAGACAUUUUUCAGUAUAGCAAUGCCUACUUUCUUGCGUUUUCAGCGACAACCGGGUCUGUCUGCUUUGGCUGGGAUAUAACUUUAAUGAGUGGUAUUCUUGUGUUACCAUCAUUCCAAAAGUAUUUCGGUUUGCUCUCGGAAUCGGCUUCUGCACGCGCCAGCUUGAGCGGGAAUGUCAUUUCGAUCCUGCAAGCGGGAGCCUUCUGCGGGGCAUUAUCUUCAAGCUACUUUUCAAGUCGAUUUGGGCGCAAGCGUAGCUUGUUAGCUUCCGCGGUCAUCUUCCUCGUUGGAAACAUUAUCCAGUCAACAAUCGGAAUCGGAAUGUCCCCACACGUUGCACUGAAAGUCUUGUACUUCUCCCGUUUCUUCGCUGGCAUCGGUCUUGGUUUGUUAUCAUCUUUGGUGCCAAUGUACAUAUCUGAAUGUGCUCCGAGAACCAUACGCGGUCGAUGCCUUGGCGGCAUCCCAGUCGGAAUCUCGAUUGGAAAUAUGCUGGCUUAUUGGGUCAACUACAGCGUUUCUCGCAAUAUCUCACCAAGACAAAUGCAGUGGCGGUUGCCCGUUAUUAUCCAACUUAUACCUGGAGCACUCUUCCUGUGUUUUAUGCUUUUCCAACCCGAGUCUCCCCGUUGGCUUGUGGAACGCGGCCACUACGAGGAAGCAGCUGCGGUUCUCGCAUAUAUCGCGAGAAAGGAUCAGGAUGACGAUGCCGUCGUGCUGACUCUCAAUGAGAUCCGUGCUGAUUUUGUCGGGAGGAACAAUCUUUCCCUGCUUACACAAAUCCCCUCGGUUUAUCUGGUACUUCCCUGA